CACUGUCCGCUGGCAGCUGUUUGAAGUCCACGUGAGCACGGCUGUCUCCCUUUUUUUCUCUUUUAUGUUAUUAAUGUGUCGCACGUGGCGUUAACUCCCUGUUGGGAGAGGCGAGCUUGGACCUCGUUGAAGUGAUCACCUGCGGCCCUGUUAUCAUGUCUACCGCUUUAGCUUGCACGACAGUCCGUCGUGUUCUCCCGAAGUGCUUCGCGGGGUCGUGUGCCUGCGCCCGGGCUGUCGCUGCGCCACUGUUCAGUUGCCAAUACUCUCCGCGUCAAGCAGGAAAUAGAAGAAAAGCGCAAAGCGGCCCUGCUCGGUGGAGGCGAGAAGCGCGUAGCGAAACAGCAUGAAAAGGGAAAGCUGUCUGCUAGGGAGCGCAUAUCAAUCUUGCUCGAUCCCGGAACGUUUGUGGAGUAUGACAUGUUCAUGGAGCACACAUGCAGCGACUUCGGUAUGCACAAAGAAAAGUUUUCUGGUGACAGCGUCGUGACCGGACACGGAGAAAUACACGGCCGACAAGUGUUUCUGUUCAGCCAGGACUUCACAGUUUUCGGUGGAAGUCUUUCAAGUGUCCACGCCAAGAAGAUAUGCAAGAUUAUGGACCAAGCUAUGCUUGUGGGAGCCCCUGUGAUUGGGCUCAAUGACUCCGGGGGUGCAAGAAUCCAGGAGGGCGUGGAAUCCCUGGCUGGCUAUGCGGACAUCUUCCAGCGCAACGUUCUCUCCUCUGGUGUGGUACCACAGAUUUCUGUGAUCAUGGGGCCCUGUGCUGGGGGAGCCGUUUAUUCUCCUGCGAUGACAGACUUCAUCUUCAUGGUCAAGGACACUUCCUAUCUCUUCAUCACUGGCCCAGACGUCGUAAAGGCUGUUACGAAUGAAGAUGUUACUCAGGAGGAGCUUGGUGGGGCCAAAACUCAUACAGUCACCUCUGGUGUGGCUCACAAGGCAUUUGAAAAUGACGUGGACGCCAUGAUGGAAUUGCGUCGUUUCUAUGACUUCAUCCCAAUGAACAACAAGUCUGGGCCCCCUGUCCGCAAGUGCUUUGAUCCCUGGGAUCGCAUCGUUCCAAGCCUGGACACUGUGGUGCCCCUGGAGUCUACGGCCGCUUACAAUAUGCACGACGUCAUUCUUGAUGUAGUUGAUGACCGUGACUUCUUCGAAAUUAUGCCAACAUACGCAAAGAAUCUGCUUAUCGGGUUUGCUCGGAUGAACGGUCAGACUGUUGGCAUUGUGGCCAACAACCCCAAGUCGGCGGCAGGUUGCCUGGACAUCAACUCCUCUGUUAAAGGUGCAAGAUUUGUCCGCUUUUGUGAUGCAUUCAACAUUCCGAUUAUCACAUUUGUGGAUGUUCCUGGGUUCUUGCCAGGUACCGCUCAGGAGUAUGGAGGAAUUAUCAGGCACGGAGCCAAACUUCUGUAUGCUUAUGCUGAAGCAACCGUACCCAAAAUAACCAUAAUUACUAGGAAGGCAUAUGGAGGUGCCUACGAUGUGAUGAGCUCCAAGCAUUUGAGGGGAGACACCAAUUACGCUUGGCCCACGGCUGAGGUUGCUGUCAUGGGAGCCAAAGGUGCUGUUUCUAUUUUGUAUCGGGGCAAAAAGGAUGUGGCACAGUACGAAGAGGAGUACAUCCGCAAGUUUGGCAACCCCUUCCCGGCUGCCGUCAGAGGCUUCGUCGAUGACAUCAUUGAGCCGAACGUGACCCGCAAGAAGAUUUGCAAAGACCUAGACUUGCUACAAACCAAGAAGCUGAAAAACCCUAAGAAGAAGCACGGCAACAUUCCACUGUGAUUCCAACAUUUUUUGUUCCCUGACAUUUUUCAGGCUUUUUCCAUCCUUUCUAUGGUGCAAAGAGGCUACACGGGAAUUCCUGGUGGGUCUAUGCUUGUUUGUACAGUGUUGUGGGAUGUCCACGUGCUGCGUAAAUGGGGUGAGUAUGCGAAUGAACAAGCAGAUUUUGAAACUGCUGUAAUUAGGUGAUUUUUGAAAUGUGCCAUAUUUGAUACUGUAAAUUUUGAGACACACGAGUAUGUGACUAAUUGUUUUUGUUCAUCCCAAUCUGUUUAUCUUUGUUCUGUAUGUAGAAUGACAUAGUACUGUCUUCCAAGCUUCUUGAGAGUGCAAGUUGAAGUUUAAAAAAAAAUAAAGAAGCCUCAGUUGUCACUUUUUCUCACUCUCUCCUGAUAACUUUCCCUUUGUUAUUGAAGCUUUUCCUCUGUAUGAAAAAACAAAAUAGACUCUACCCUCAAUGUAACAAGCUAAAAGAUAAUGACAUAUAUCGGUUAGAAUGAAGUAAAUGAAAAAUAGUCUUGCAAUUGGUAUAGUAUUAGAAAUAAACCUUUGUAACGAACUUUCAGAUACAGUCGAUUCCAGAUAUAUCAAACUCGAAGGGGAUCGCAGAAUAGUUCGAUAUAGCGAUAAUUCAAAAUAAAAAAUAUGCGUAUUUAAGGCCUUAAUAAAAGCAUUUCGGGCCUCGGAAAUCGUUACAAGUGCUCAAAUUAUGAUUCGCUCACAGUAUAAUCAAGAGCAAGCUGUGAACUUUAAGUUACCGCACUUUAUUUCACAUGAAAUAUUCCGUAAGCUUGACUUUCUUCUUGCGUGCCACCAGGUUGUCAUCCUCAAUAUCAUUAAAGCUCUUCAAAUAAAUGAAAUCAGCUCUUUCAACCUCAACAGCAUUGUUUGAUGCAGAACACCAAUAUAAGCUUUGUAGGGCGGUGGCGGCAGCGAUGGCGUUGGCAUAUUCAUAGCUGCAUGGGUACACUUACGCGGCAUCAGACACAAUAGCCAUGAUUUUAAAUCAUGGUAAUUUGAAAGUCAGAAAUAGCUACUUCAUCAUCUGCACAGAUAAGUCGCUCACUGUCCGAGAUAGUGCCCAGAAAUGCUGAGAAGUUGCAGAAUUCACUGAGGCAUCAUACGCCGUUAUCAGCAGUCAUGACGCACCCGAAGUCGUCACUUGGCCCUCAAGGAAAGUUUACAACGGUGCCUUGCUUGACGUCGCUCCAAGGGUCAGUCACAAUUUUUAUCCCUACGUGCGGGUCAGUUCAACUCCUGAAGACGAAUUCAUCAGUAACGAGACGAGAAGUGCGCAUGUCCAUAAAGCGCGAAAGACAACCCCGAGUUUUCACCGUCAACGUGCUGACGAUAUUGAUGACAAUUGUGGCUUUGUAGCUGGCAGCCGCCGCUUUCAGCGGCUUUGAUCGAAUAAGCUAGAAAAAAUCUAGCCUUCGAAACAUGCAUUUUGAAACUGCAAACAGUGAAAAACAUCACGAGGUUGCACAUUUCAAAGGCCAUAGUUCUCAGGCUCGCAUGCCACUGUGCACUAACAAAAAAGAAAAUGCAAACAUUACAACUAGAUCACCGAGUCACUUCGCAUUCUCAUUGAAGUAUCCUCAGCAAUAGGUCUUUUUCAAAAACACUAUGCCCGUGCGCUAAAGGGCCAGUCUACAGGCUCCGAAACGCACAGGAAAAGCUCGCGCAUUUUUCCUGCGCGUGACCAACCUCCUUAUACACACAGUGACAUUAACUCGGCGAUCGGCGACUUGAGGUAGUACGCAGCUCGUCGAUUGGUCUAAACCAGGUCUAAGCAAAGAGCAAUGAAGUCAAGGUCACUGAUGGUCAAGUUGACAUCACUGCACGUAUAAGGAAGUUGGCCACGCCCACAGAAAAUGCGCGAGCUUUUCAUGAGUGUUUCGGAGCCUGUUGAGUGGCGCUUUAAGAGCUGCAGGUAGCGCAUCAAACAUACCGGUGCACUUGCAAGUGCCACGCAACGAACCGGAUCAGCGUGAGAAGGAAUCUGAACUUGUUAGAACGUGGCCAAAAAUUGAUCAAUACUUGAUACAAAAAACGCCCUUUCUGGGCUUCGGCUUGGCGUGGCAUUUGAUGUAGCAGAUGUCCCGCUGUGCGGGAGUUCAGUAUACGGGUGUGCUGGUCCCAUACUUUGCAUAGGAAAUUCAAGGGGAUUUCUAAACGGUUCGUUAUAGCCAGUGAUUCGAUAUAUGAGAGUUUGAUAUAUCCGAGAUCGACUGUAUAACAAACUUAUUUUUGUGCAAGAGGCAACUUGGUUGUGAUCAGGUGUGAGAGUAAUAGUUGUUCUGGAAUAUGCACUUACUCUAAAGCAAACUCUAAGCAAUUCUUAGGUACUAACCAAUUUCCGCAUAAUUUUAUUGGCUAGGAGCAGUCCUGUGUGCUUAAUCAAUUUCAGCUUGCUCUGAGCAUUUUAGUGACCGCUAUUGAUGGCACUGGUGUGGUUUUGUGGUGGAGUUGUACUUGCAGAGUGCAAGCCCGAAGAGUAACAGAGUGAUAUUUACACUAGUUUGUUUUUCUUCAAGGAUAAGUGGCAUGUCUUGUGGAACAUGUAUGCUGUGCUGUGUAACAUCUGUAUGCAAGGUGAAUGUACAACAGAUGCCUUGGCUUAUUGUUUUUAAUUUGUUUCAAGUGUAGGCGUCUCAUGAUCGUAUGGUGGUUUUGGGAAGUAUCAAUCAAUCCAUAUAAUGUCACCCCCGUGCUUUGUAUUGUGAGAAUCUCGCUGAAGCAUUGCCUCAGGCAGAAACUGCAUUUUGUGCUUCCACAGUUCCCGUUACUCAUGCGUGUUUUCUUUUUUACUUCAGGGUGCAUUUAUUACGCCACUUUUAUUUUUUCGAAUGUGCAUUCUAUUGCAUUUUUUGUAUACUUUAUACCUGCUGCUUGUUAUAAGUAUUCUGGUUGAUAAUGUGUUGAUUUUUUUUGGUGCUGUUUAUUAUCAUUUCUCAGAUGUAGCAUACACAAAAAUUAGUAAACACAUACACAAAGAAGCGGAACCCUUCACAGUACCGAUUCUGGUUCGCUCAGACUUAUUUAGGAUGAAAACUUAAACCUAGCUACUUCUGUGCUAGUAAUUGUGGGACACAUCUAUAAUUAGUGUUAGUCUGAAAUUAAUUAUUGAUAUGUUUUAAUGACUUAUUUUAAUGAAUUUUGGAGGCAUUGUGAAAAGUGUAUCUGACCUGUUAUUUAGUAAACUUGUGAUCUGCGGAUGUGAUGGAGCUGCAGAUAUUCUUUUAUAAGGAAAUUAAUGCCUUUGACUCCUGUCUGUUUUGUUUUGGCCUGUGACUAUUCCCAUUCCACUCUGGUUACUUCUCCUUAUGAAAGCUUUUUUUUUUCAUUUUAAGAAAUACUUUUUUACUCGCUGCAGUGCAAGGGUGCGCCCAGAGAGGCUGUCUCAAGCUUGCUCAUUUGUUUAGUAUUCUGCUCUAUUUAUCCCUCUCUUGAUUUUUUGCACUGGACAAAUGAUGUUCUGAAGAUAAUUUUUUGUGGGACAUUUUUAUUUUUGGCAGAGUGAGCUGUGACAUUCCAUGGAAAGUAGCAUUUGCCCAUUGCAAGUAGUUGAGAGGCCUUUCAAAAUUUGAUGUUUUUAAAAAAUGUCGGCCUAAUAACAUUGAUGGCAGCGAUGUACUGGAUUUUGGUGUGCAAAAACACUUGAAUGGGCUGUUUCUGGACAGCUGACUUUUGCAUAGCUGGGUUUAGAAGGAAAGAAAGUACACUCCUGAAGCCGAGAAAAAAAACACAGCUUCGUAACAGUUUUAGGAGCUGCACCUUAUUCUUAUGGACUGAAAACUGUUGUAUGCUCUCAAUAAAUAUUCCAGCUAUAAGUAAUU